UCAUCUCUUACAUCUCUUUUUAAGUUUCAAGUUUCUGCACAAAGUUGUGUUUUUCUGCUUGUUUCUCAGGUUUUAAUGAUGGAUGAGGAGGUUUAUGAAAAUCUUCCUCCACCUUUAAAGGAGGAAAACAAGGACCCGACUACUACUUCAGAGUUCAAAGCAAAAGAGCCUGAAGCUACUGUAUCAAGUAAAUUUGCAGAAAUUGAACCAGUUGCAGACUCUCACUCUCGCACUCAUCUCUUGCCGAUGUGUUUGGGGAUACUUUGCAUCAUCCUGUUGGCGAGCAUGAUCGGCCUCAUCGUCUACAUCACCACAGUAAUGAACAAACUGGAAGCAAACCUCAGCAACCUCAAAGGACAAAAUGAGCAACUGACUGUGGAAAAGAGAGUCUUAGAGUAUCAGACUGAGCAGCUAAAGAUGGAAAAGAAAGUCUUAGAGAAUCAGACUGAGCAGGUAACGACGGAAAAGAGAGUCUUAGAGAAUCAGACUGAGCAGGUCACAGUGAAGAUGAAAAUGUUUGAGAACCGGACUGAGCAGCUAAUGUUGGAAAAGAGAAUAUUGUUGAAUCAGACUGAGCAGCUAAUGUUGGAAAAGAAAGUCUUAGAGAAUCAAACUGAGCAGGUCACAGUGAAGAUGAAAAUGUUUGAGAACCAGACUGAGCAGCUAAUGUUGGAAAAGAGAAUAUUGUUGAAUCAGACUGAGCAGCUAAUGUUGGAAAAGAGAAUAUUGUUGAAUCAGACUGAGCAGCUAAUGUUGGAAAAGAGAAUAUUGUUGAAUCAGACUGAGCAGCUAACGAUGGAAAAGAAAGUCUUAGAGAAUCAGACUGAGCAGGUCACAGUGAAGAUGAAAAUGUUUGAGAAUCAGACUGAGCAGCUAAUGAUGGAAAAGAGAAGAUUGGAGAAUCAGACCGAGCAACUGAGCAGAGACCGAGACGACCUCAACUGGACACUGGAAGUCAUCCUGACAUUCAACAACUUUCCAGUAAACGAAUUUUGCCCGAACAAAACGUGUCAGUCGUGUCGCACCGGCUGGAUUCAGUACCAGAAAAAGUGCUACCUGUUUUAUAACGACAGUUCUUGGAUGACAUGGAAUGACAGUCGACAGUACUGCAAAGAUAAAAACGCAGAUCUGGUUGUUAUUGAUGACCUGCAGGAACAGAAAUUCAUCGGUCAAAACACGAAGUACUACUUUGACGAGUUCCACGGAUACUGGAUGGGGCUGCAGAAUAAUGGCACCACAUGGGUCUGGAUUGAUGGACACAAGGACACACUUCAGUACUGGAAGAAUUUGUUCAAUUCAACACUUUAUGCACUGACGAUGCCUGGAAACAAUCCCCAACAGAGCUGGAACUCAGGAAAUAAUUAUUUUCUGAACAAAUUCAUCUGUGAAGAUGACAAAGUCCUGAUAAGGUCCAAUUAGCUAACACUGUGUUUGUAUUCUUCUUCUUUAUAUUACACAUAAAUGUAACUUUAUAAAUCAUCAGUUUUUAGACAGUAAAAAACUUUAAAACAAAUAUGUAAGGAUGCUUUUUAGAAAACCCAUUUUAUAUAUUCUAUAGAAGUAGGCUACAAGUCCAUUUACUAUUUACAAGAAGACAAAACAGAGUAAAAUGUGACGACUCAGCUGUUUCCAUUUAGAAUCAGUCAAUAAACACCUUACAUGGCUGAUCUGUGUCUUUAUAAAGAUGAUAUAAUGUCUAAAAUAUUCCCAGAGAUGAAGAAAAUUCCUGGAGAAGAACUGGCUCCAUGUUCCUCUUGUGGAUGUCCACCACAGUUGUUGUUUUUAGUCCAUGUCAAGAUUUAUUUAGUGUAGACAACUACUUCUUAUGCUGAACUAUAAUCAUUAUUAAUGCAGUAAACUCAUAUUUCUUAUAAAAAGUUUUUUAAUAGAGGCCUUUAGAUUUGCUUUGCUUGUUAAUUAAAAACCAGCUUCUGUUCUCUUAGUGUAAAAUUAGUUGAUUUUCAACAUUUAAGAAAUGUUUUUGAGGGACAAAUUCCUCGCAGGACAAAGAAAACUGAAAACAUGUGAUCCUUUUCAGCUCUGUAUUAAAUAGAUCCAGAUCAGUUCAUUAGGUUAAAACUACUUUAAGGACUGCAGGAUUUAUGUAAUUCAGUCCAAAGGGGACAAAGUUUGAAUUCUUUUAUACACUAUAAGAAAUCUGUAGAACAACAAUCAA